UGAUAAAAGUCUGUGUUUUAUAUUAAUAUAUUGAAUAUACAAAUGAGUUUAUUCACUGUUUUGGUUUCGUACUGAGAAUAUUUAAAGACACUGACACUUUGAUGCACUGCAAAUGUCUUAAUGACAACAAAACAAAUUCAAAAGUGAAAAAUUACGUGUAAACCACUUUGUUUCAUUUACAUUUAAAUUUAUUUUAAUUCAGUUCGUGACUUUAUGGCUUUUUACGGGAUUUUUUUUUUUUAUCAUUACAGUGUAUUGUAGUAGCGUUAAAGCAGAAUUAAUCUCACGCCGGUUGUCGCGCCCUCUGGCGGCUGUAGCGCAGUAACACACCGAGCUUCCUCUCAUUCUCAUUCUCUCUCUCUCUCUCUCUCUCUCUCUCUCUCUCUCUCACACACACACACACACCGUUUCAGUACAGUUACUAUAUGGACUACGCACGGAGUCAGUUGAAGCUGUCCCGUCUCGUCCUUGGGCUACGUCACGGAACCACGUGACAACACCGCUACUGGAGUCCUCCGGUGAAGAACUUUGAGCGCGCGAAACGAAACCUGAGUGGGAACACCCGGGCAUGGUUCCGAGUGGUUCUAUCUCGCACGCGCGAAUGCCGUGGUAUUCCCGCUGUUAUGACGUGAUGAGGAGAUUUCUGUGCGUGCUCUUAUCACCUCCAAGCUGCAUCAUACACACACACACGAUGGAUAAAUGAUGUCGAGUCUCGCGGUUGCGGUGACAAUAUAGAAAAAACAGCGGCGUAAAGUUUCUCAUUAAUGACCUGGAAUGUGCAAGAUAUGGAAAAUCCCAAGAUUGUCAAGUGUGUGUGUGUGUGUGUGUGUGUGUGUGUGAUGGUGGGUUGGCUCCGCUGACGGGAGGGGGGAUAUAGAGGGGGAUAUUUAACUUGAGUAGAAAGCGGAGAUCUCUGCACAAACACACUGCGCGCGCUCCUGCUGCACAGAGCGAGAGGUCCGCGCGACCUGCCGUUAACUCACUCACGCGCUCGUCAAGUGUAAGUGCACGCGGACCGAGAGGAGGUACAAACUUGGCGACACGCUAUGUACACAACGACAGAGUCAGAAACUUAAAGAUACGAAUGCACCGGGGAUUUAAACAGCAAAAAUAAAUAUAGAAAGAAACCCGUUCAGGAAAUCCCACGCGGGGUGAAAUGACAUGACAUGAUGUCCACGCAGAGCUCGUGAGAGGAGAGUUGGUUCAGCACGCGGCGGACAUACCAACGGAAUCUAGUGUCUUAAAAAGAAAACCUUGGAUACGCAUCUCUUUUAGACUUUAGCGAAGGAGCUGCUGGUGAAAUUCUCUAAAAAAGCUGCUCGCGCUUGGGUGGAAGGAGGAGGAACCGGACCGGGGGGCAGCGCCGCGGCGGCGGGACCGACUGGAGCCGAGAGAGAGAGAGAGAGAGAGAGUAAAAAUAAACGCCGACUCUCUCUCUCUCUCUUCCUCGUGACAUUUAAAAACGCACCGGAGAGGAGACACAUCCGGGUCUCCCUGUGCACGCAACGCACGCGGGUGGGAAGUCUCCGUCCCAUGUCGCGCGCAGACUGUCACCGAGAGACAGAGAGAGAGAGAGAGUGUCGCCCAUGUCGCUAUGGUGACCGAUUGAACUGAGGGAGACUCGCGCGCACAGGAGGAGGAGGCUGACGGCGAAAGGAGGCUGCACGAGACGAGACGGGUUUAAACUUUGUUUGAGGAUUACUUAACUUUUUUCAUUUUUGGGAAACUUGUUCCGAGCUCGAAGAGAACUAGAGAGAGAGAGUGAGGAAGAGGAGAAGAAAGAGCGUGAGAGAGAAGAUCAGAGAGAGAGAGAGAGAGAGAGAGAGAGAGAGAGAGAGAGUGCACGCGCGUUCCAUGCAACUCCGGUUCCAGGUCAUUCAAACCGCGCCGCUGUUUAGAAGUAAACUGUCGUCCCGCUUGGACUACUAUUUAUGCUGCGCGCGCGCGGAUCUGGGAGCGUACGUUAUUAAUUCACCCCCUCCCACUUCUCCUCCUUCUUCUUUUCUUCUUCUUCUUCUUCUUCUUCUUCAUUACUGAUAUUUAAUCGCCAUGCGACUAUCCCGCGCGCUGCUACUUGUGUGCGCGUUGCUGACACUCGUGCUGCUGGUGUGCGCGCGCCGCGGCGCCGACGCCGCUCAACGUUACCUGAGGGUUCGCCCUUCGCCGAGCGAGCACCUGCCCGUACCGGACCUGAAAGAGGACCCGGACCCGGAGUACGACCCGCGCGAGCAGGACCUGUCCGAGCGCGCGCUGCGUAAGAAGCUGGGCAGCGGCUUCGACGGCGACUUCAUGUCCGUGAGCGCGCCCGCGCAGCUGCUCGUCAUGAACACCACCACCGCGAGCCCGGGUUCCUCCGCGUACGCUCACGCGCCCAGCGGCGCCAUGCCGGCCGAGAUCAGGAGGUUGGACCUCACGCAGACGCCAUACGGGCUCCGCGUGAAGAUGGGCAAGAAGGCGCGGCGAAAGUUCCUGCAGUGGCUGUGGACGCACACGCACUGCCCCGUCGUCCACGUGUGGAAGGACCUCGGCGUGCGCUUCUGGCCGCGCUACAUCAAAGAGGGGCACUGCUUCAGCGAGCGCUCGUGUUCACUACCCGAGGGUAUGUUCUGCAAACCGGCCAAGUCCGUCACCAAGACGUUCCUGCGCUGGUACUGCCAGGGCUUCAUGCCCCAGAAAUACUGCACGUGGAUCCCCGUGCACUACCCCAUCAUCUCUGAGUGCAAGUGCUCCUGCUGAGUCCGCGCGCUGUAUAUGUGUGUGUGUGUGUGUGUGAGCGAAAGAGAGAGAGAGAAAUGAUUCAAUAAUAUGAGAGAAAGAGAAUGUACGAGAAAAUGCGCGCGUGCGUGUGGGUGCGUUCACGCGACACCUCUGUGAAGAUGCACGGACUGACGUGUGCUCUUCUGAUAACAAACAAUAAACAAUAGUAAUUAUAAUAAUUAUAGUAAUAAUAAUUUUAUUGUUGCACUGUGUUCUCGCGAACUGAAAAUUGUGUGUGUGUGUGUGUGUGUGUGUGUGUGUGUGUGUGUGUGUGUUUGUGUAAGGCGCCAUAUAGCGAAUCUAUUUUUUUAUAUAUAGCAUUUUGAUUUAAAAAAGAAAUAAUAAUAUACCUGUACAUAUUUAAAAGAAAACAGAAGGAAAGGAUGCAGCUAUUAUUGUUAUUGUUAAUUAUUAUUUUGUUGUUGUUGUUAUUGUUGUUGUUGUGUUAAAUGAGCAGGACCACGCGCACAGAGGAGAACUUUUCCGGAAGUGCUCUUGUCCCGGAAGUGCUUUAACUGACUGACUCACUGCCAUGCUACAGCUUUUAUAUCCUAUUAAUAAUCAGUAAUAAUAAUAAUUAUGAUAAUAGUAAUAACAAGAAUGAUUAUGAAAUGGAACAUUAAGGAUGAAAUUCUAUAUUUUAAGAGUGAAUUAAAUAUUUUGUUGUUGAAAAAAAAAAAAAACAAAUAGUAUUUUAGUAAACAGAAUGUGUCAUGUUUAUUUAUUGUUGUAACUUGUGUUGCGUGUAGAGACAGAAGUAAAGCCAAA